UAAGUUGUAGGAUGUCCAAACCAAUAUUGUACUAUGCAUUAUUCAGUCCACCAGCGCGGGCUUGUAUGCUAACAGCCGAAUUAAUUGGACUCGAUUUGGAAUUGAAAUUGGUGGAUUUUGCCGCUAAGCAGCAUCUCACGCCGGAAUUCCUACAGCUAAAUCCUCAACACCAAAUACCUGUUUUUGUAGAUGCGGAUAAGGAGGUUUUUAUUGACAGCCAUGCGAUUAUAGCCUUCAUGGUAUCAAAAUAUGGCAAUAACGAUGAUCUAUAUCCUAAGGAUUUGAAGAGACGUGCGCGAGUUGACCACAUGCUACAUUUCGAAAAUGGAGUACUGUUCCAAGUCAUCAAAGAUAUGGUGCGACGCAACAUUUACGGUGGUGAAUCGCAAUUUAAUCAGAUAACACUUGAUCUCUGCGACAGCGCAUACAGUUUUCUCGAGGCCUUCCUUGAUAAGAGUCCAUUUUUUGGAAACAGCGCAACGCUUACCAUUGCCGAUGUGUGCAUCAAUACCACCCUGGUUACACUCGAUAUGCUUAUACCAGUUGACAAGAGCAGAUUUCCUAAACUCCACGCUUGGAUGGAACGUGUGAAAAUAUUGUUGCCGUCGUAUGAAGAGGUGAAUAUCACAGGCGCCAAAUUGCUGCGCGAUCGCAUAAAAUCCUGCAUGCGCGAGAACAUUGCCAAAACGAAUUGUAAUAUUGAUUACGACUGAGGUCAGACGCGACCAAGCAGUAAACGUAAAUUUUAAAAGCAAAAGUACCAAAUACCUUUAAAUUUAUAUUGUUACAUUAAUAUUAUAUGUAUUAAUGUCUAUAUUUAUUUAGCAAUUCUUGUUAAAUAUAUCUAACGAUAUUACAAAUAUAAUUAAAUGCAUAUAAUUAGGAGAAUUUCGUUUUUGGAA